GUGGAAGUGCAAGGUAGAAGCAUUUUGUAGCUGUCAGGACAAAACUAUAUCUGCAUUUUUACUAUAUAGCAUUUUUGUGUGAUAGUUUUAUGAUGAACGGACCAAUCGAAAUGCUAUAUCCAGCUCAGAGUUGAUACAGUAGGCCUCACUGCGCUAGUUUCACUUCCUCUUAGUCCAUCCCACACUGUGUUUUCCUCCUGGGCUGUCAGAACUGCCUAACAGUGCUCUGAGAGAAGACCAGUGACAUCACACAGAGUCCAGCUACGGCGGCUUCUUUACGCUCCAACAACUGAAUUGUGGCCAUCAAAAUGAGGAAUAAACCUGAACUGCUGUUCCUGCUGAGUCUUACGCUGCACUGCUUUUUCUGGCAAACGUCCACAAGUGUGUCAGUGAAGCAGGGAAGAAAUGUCACUCUGACUUGCCCUCUGAAGACCAGCGUCAGCAUAGGCAUAGUGAGCUGGUAUAAGCAGAAUCCUGGUGAAGGCCCGAACAUGCUGCUGAGCUACAAUGUCACCAUGCCCUGGCCUGUUCGCUACGCUGAAGGCCUUAACUCACACAGAUAUGUGGUGCUGGCCAGAGACGGGUCCAAAGCACGUCAUCGCUUACGCAUCAUCACCACUGAGGAAAAGGACACAGCCAUGUAUUACUGCAGCUAUUCAGAAAAGAUGAACGAAACACAAAAGAUGCCUUAGCUACAGCAGGAGUUGAGGAAAAUGUAAUAAGACAGGAUACGGCCAAUAUAGGCUGGACUGCCUGGAGUGGACUCUCUAUCAUGCCACCAGACAGAUCAAAAAAACAAAUACUGUUAUCAGAAACCAUUAAAGUUCUUUUACACACACACACACACACACACACAUAUAUAUAUGUUUUUCAAAUAAAUAAACCUGUGUGUGUAUGUAUGUGUGUUUGUGGGACCAUGUAGAUCUUUGUAGAACCAUUUUUCCCUUGAAUGAUGAGGAUUCUAUACAGGGUUAAUGUUGUGAGGGCAUUAAGUUGACAUUGUUUUACUUUGAUUUUCAAUAAACAUGUUCACCAGACAAAAGAAUUAGCUGCCUGCAUUUAUUUUCUAAUACUUAGUUAUGCAUACCCUUGCCUUAAUAAUGAAUUUACUUGUCUGAUCGGACAUGAAAAUACACAAGGUAAACACAGCAAACUGGCUAACA